CUUCCUGCAGUGUUGACAAUUCUCUUGAAAUGGAGGGAGUACCUAAUGAAAACAUAAGAGAAUUUAAACAUAUGACUGAUUCUUUUUCUGCAAAUAUGAUUAAAAUGAGGCUGUUGAGCAAAGAGAUACUUAAAGAAACAACUAAAAUUUGGCCAGAACGAACAAUAGAAGAAAUGUUUUCAUACAUUUGGAGCUUGGAUGAAGCUCAAAAGGCACUGACACCAGUGAUAUUACCUGUUAUUGGCAAGAAAGAUUCCCUUUCUUCAUUUCAUUUGCAAAAAGGAGAUAGUGCCUACCAAAUUAAUGAUCUAGAUACAGCAUUAAAAUGUUAUAAUUGGGCCAUUGUAACUGCACCUCAUCCAGACAUUCUGGCAGAUAAUGUUGAGGCCCAUGACACAGAAAUGUAUAAAUGUUUGGCCCGAGGCUAUGAGUCUCGGUCUGCUGUACUCUUUGCUCUAAAGCAGUAUGAAAAAUGCUCAAGGGAUAUUGAUCGUUCUUUGGAACUUGAUUCCUCUAAAAUUUCAUGUAAAAUGAUUGAAAUGAAAGCCAGAUGUCUAAAAUUAAUAUCAGAGGGAAAAGACAAGCCAUUUGAAGUCACAGCAGAAUCUUUAAAGUCUUCUCAUCUGUCAUUUGCUUAUACAAAUCCUGAGCCACCAAAGUUAUCAGAGGUCAACCCUACUAUGCCAUCAUUGAGCAGUAGUGUCAAGGUGGCCUACACACCAUCCCAGGGAAGACACCUCAUUGCUGAUAAAGACAUCAACCCAGGUGAGAUAGUGAGCAUUGAUGAUGGGUAUUGCAACAUAGUGUACUCAGAGAUGGUAAAAUUGCACUGUACUGUGUGCAUGAAAAGAAGUAUGGCUCCUCUUCCCUGCCCCAUCUGUGAUACGGUGGUAUUUUGUAGUGAGGAAUGUCGUAAAGAAGGAUUGUCAGGAUGCCAUUGGCAAGAGUGUCCUAUUUUGCCAACCCUGUAUUUACCAGAUAUGGGAAGGAGACAUGCAUUAGCAUACAGAGUAAUGACAAAGACCUCUUAUGCCAAGCUCAAGGAAUUGAUACCACUGCUGCGACUUGAGGCUGAAGAAAAAUCCCCCAUGAAUCUUGGCUUCAACAAUGAAGGAAUCUAUGAUGUGGAACAUUACAGAACAGUGUAUCACCUGAAAACAAAUAUAGAAAAGCAUUCUUCAGAAGCAGUAGUUGAGAGAUGCUUAGAAGCUUUUAUCAUUACCAAACUUCUGCAUCUGAGUGGACGCUACUUUCUUACCAGUGAUGGAGAGCCCUUCACUCCAAGUCAUGAAGAUUUCGUCUUGACUGGCAGUACACUCGUACAUCAUAUGAUGAACCUCAUGAGUACUGUUCGAGAUAUUACAUUUUUUAAGGUUCAAGUGGGUGUACAACAGCCAAGUCACCAAAGAGCUUGUGGUAAUGGAAUUUAUUCUGCAUCUUGUCUCAUGAGUCACACCUGCAAUGCGAACUGUUCUCCAUUUUUCUAUGGUAAGACUGAAAUUGUGAGAGCAAUGCACUUCAUCCCAGCUGGCAAGCCAUUAACCAUGCAGCAUGUUGCACAUGUACAUUGCUCAUGCGAGACUUGUAAAAUAAGUCAGGAACACCCCACAAAAUUUCCACGAAUAUUAAUUCUAAGGUGCAUAAAUUGUGAUGAUGGCAUUAGCCCUGUCACUAAAGUAUGUCCUAAGUGCCAUCUAAACUAUGGUGAAGCAGAAGGGGCAGCUGUUGCAGAAGAAGAAGGGGCAGCUGUUGCAGAAGAAGAAGGGGCAGCUGUUGCAGAAGCAGAAGGGGCAGCUGUUGCAGAAGAAGAAGGGGCAGCUGUUGCAGAAGCAGAAGGGGCAACUGUUGCAGAAGCAGAAGGGGCAACUGUUGCACCUUACAACUAUAUGGAGAUCAAAAGGAAAAUAGAAAAAGUUCAGUUACAAUAUGUGGUUGUCAUGCAAUUUUGCUAUACCAACAUCAGCUGCUCUGAUAAAGAGUUAAAGGUAGUGCGCCUUUUGAUCAAACUUUUAUGUAAGUAUGUGAAACAGCCAUGUCAUCUUCUCAUAAAUGCAACAAAUACACUGCGCUUUCUCUGUGACAAGCGUGGCUCUUGUGUUUAUUUUAAACAUGAUUUGGACUCGCCGUGUCCAGUUUCAUAGAGUCAAACUAAGAAAAUAAGGCAUUGCAUAUGAAGCUUUUAUUAGGAUAAUCUUUCCUUCUACAGAGCUUCAUUAAGCUCUAUAAAGCAAAAAGUUUUCCUAAUUAUAACUUGUUGAGCAGGCCUUUUUUUUUUUUUUUUUUUUUUUUUAAACAUUUUGGCAGUAUGCCAUUUGGAUCCAAUUAAGAUACUGGUAUUACAAAGCAUUACUAAAAAUCUGUCUCUUAUAUAAAAGAGAAAGUGAUAAUAGAUCUAUUAAAUACGCUUCUGCAAAUUUUCCUUCAAAGUCGCUUAAAUAUGAUGGUUUUUGAACGUGUUGCAUUGUAUUUUAAGUUGUAUAAUGAGAAAUCACAUUUUUCAUGCUGUUUUUUCUGUAUAUGGUAUUAACCAAGAAAACAGGAAGCUUUUGUCCUAUAUUUGAAAAUUUAACAAUAUACUAUAUAGCAUUAAAACGUGUGUAGCUUGAAUAUAUUCUGUUUUCCUUUAACAAUGAUAAUAAUAAGCAUAUAUAUAAAUAUAUAUCUUAUAGAUUCAGAGAGACAGUUAAAAAUGCUCAGAGGAAAAAAUAUUUUGAUUUCUCUCUGAAACUCUGAAUAUUCCACUUCUAUUACAAUAUAUAAAUCUGUAUCUUAUUAUAAUCAUAGUAUAUAGACAUAACACUUGAAUAUUGCAUAUAUAAUCAUAUAACAAUUUGCAGUUCUUUACUACUAAGAGUAUACUGAAAAUUUUUGUGAUAAUCAGUAGUUUUAUAUUUACAUCAGUAAUGAGUUAAUAUUUGCCCAUUGUGUACCACACUACUUCAGUUUUUGUUAGUUAGGAAUAUUCAGAAUUCUGUAUGCCUUGCUCUUCAGUGAUAUAAUCUGCCUUUAAAUGAUUGUAAAUAAAAUAAAUUUUUAUUUUCAAAAAAGUAUAAGUAUUAUAUAAUUAGAUAUUUAUUAAAUACUUUAUGGAAUGUUCAUGGGAUGACUAGACUAGAACUAAAGUGACUUGAUAUUCUAUAGUUGUGGUUGGAUUAUUUGCAUACAAAGUUUAAUAUAAUUCAGUUGUCUGAAGAUCAGUUUAUUAAUUGUAAUGAUUAGGUUAAGUCCUAGGUACACCUACCAUCCGACUUACGACCGAGCUUGUUUCUGACUAACCGGUCGUUAGUCAAAGUGGACGUAAGUCGAACCUUACUACUAAAUAUCAGCAUCAUAUUAUGUAAUGAUUUUAUUUUGUUUUAUUUUUGUAUUUAAUUUUUUACUUUACUUUUUAUACUGCUAGUACUGUAUUUUAUACUGUAAGGUUUAGGAGAAACAUUGUGUAUAACACAGACAGUUGUUUAUUUCCCAAAACAUUUAUAUGGUGGUUAUUGUCACAGGGUGUGCACUGUACUACUGUGCUGAACCUACUACUCUGGCAUAAAUAUUACUCAGAACAACUGACACAACAUUUCAUAACAGGGGACAGAAAACAGUUUCUCAUUAUGACCCAUGAUUAGAUUAUUAAGUGAGCUUAUUAGCUAUGAUGAAUUUACUAUCUUUGGUGGGUGUGCAGCACUGACCUAGCACCCGAAUCUGCACACAGAAAUCACCCUACGAAAGUAAAAGACUGGGUAGGCAGUGCAAAAUACCCCCAAUGAAAAGCAGGGGCACCAUUGGUACACUAAGAGAAAACACCAUGUGUCUGGGGCCCAAGACUGUUCAACAGCCUCCCACCAUGUAUGAGAAGAAUUACCAAUAGGCCCCUGGGAGGGAGCUGGACAGAUACUUAUUUGGUGCCAGAUCAAUUGGGCUGUGGUUCAUACAUUGGACCACAUGUGGCCAGCAGUAACACCCUGGUUGAUGAGGCCCUGAUCCACUGGGAAGCCUGGUUAUGGACCGGGCCGCAGGGGCGUUGAUCUAUGGAAUACCCUCCAGGUAGACCUCAGGCAGGUAGCACACCCAGAAUCUAUGCCCCUGAUGAGAUAAGAGUGCCUAGAAUGCUGCCCUGUGGCACCCCUAUGUUGAUAGGUUGAAAUGAAAUAUUUUUGUUUUAUUAACACAGAGGCUGUUUCCCACAGAGGUAGGGUGACCUGAAAAAGAAGAAACAUUUUCACCAUCAUUCACUCCAUCACUGUCUUGCCAGAGGCUCAUCUACACUAUAGCUAAAAAGCUGCAACAUAUCUCCAUAAAUGGCCACAUGGUGUCUUUCAUUGAGGUAGGACUAUAUGUAUAAGCAUAGCCUCUGAUUCUGUAUUGUUCUAAUUUAGGCUGCAAGAUGGUGUGAUCUAAUGUAUCUAAAAGUUUAUUUAGAUUAGUAAAGAAGCUCAUUGGAUAUUCUUUUACUUUUUUAGAGAUGAAUCGAUUGAGUCAAGCAUUUUACUGCAUAAUUUGUACUUUUUCAUGGCCAGAAACCAUACUGGCAAGGAUUUAGAAUUUUGUAUUAUAUUUAGUCAUCAUUUCAUACAAUUAUUUAUGUAUUUUUUAUAUAAUAAUAGUAAGUUAAAUAUUGGUCUUCAGUUCUUGGUUUCAGUUGGGUCUCAACCUUUGUGGACUAGCAUAACACAUGCUUGCAUAAUUAUGUUUGGGUGAGGCUUGGGUUUUAAAAAUCUGUUGAACAGUGUUGCAGUAAUGUGUAUUAACUCUUGAACAAUAUAUGAGAAUGUUAGCACAUGCAUUGCAUACUUGUGAGCUUAACAGUAUUUACAUGUUAACUACAUAUCUGUACUGCAUAAAAGAAAUAAAUAUUUAAUAAUACUAAUAUCUUUGUUUCUACAUUAUUAUUAUUAUAAUCAAAAAGAAGCGCUAAGCCACAAGGACUAUACAGCUUUGUUUCUACAAGUAUAUGUACAAGGCUUAGCUGAAUUUAAAAAUAUUAACUUUGUUGUUUGCUCUUUUAUUUAACGAGUGUUACUGAAGAUAUUAAACAGUUUAUAGUUUGCAUAUGUAUUUUAUUCUGCUAUAAUUACAUUUUGUAAAAUAAUUUACACGUGUAAUAUUGCCCUCAGUACUACACUACAAAUGAAAUGUGUGUUUAAUGUUUCGAUGUUUAAUAACACUCAUUUAAUUUCUGGAUAUAACCUCCAGUUUUUAAUUUUUAAUUGUAGUUUUGCUUGUUUAUCUUUAGAAAUUUGUUUUGUUUAAUCUUGUAGUUAUUGUUUAUGUCUAAUAAAGUUGAUAACUUAA